UCCUCUAGUAUGGCACCGCCACCGGCAUCUUCGGGGGCACCAGCUUCGAGAGUAGUAAGUCAUAUUGGAACUAGAAAUGUUGGUUUUGGGGUCAACCAUGGUGCUCCUCCUCCUGUUGUCCAUGGAGGCCUGCCUGUAUCGUCAGUACGCGUUAUCACACCAGCACCUGGCACCAGUCAUGCACAACAUGAACGUGAUGUCCCAACAAGUACAAGAGCAAGACACGAAGUAGUAGAGCUUCCCGAUGAGCCUCGCCGUGUGGGGUCUCUACCAGUCGCAUCUGGUGUGGGAGAAGUGGAAGAUGACUUGGAAACAAGUGUCGAAGACGCAGAUGUGGCACAAGGCCGCGGGCACAUCGAUGAAGUAGAAGAGGAAGAUGAACAACUAGAACUGUUGCACGAAAUUGAAGAGAGGGAAGGUCGCGUUCGGGUCGAAGAGGAUCGCAUUGUUGUUGAUCGAGCAUCUGCUAUUAAUCAGCAUGCUCAUAUUCGUGAUCAUGAGGAUGAAGCCGAGCUGCAUCGUCAACAACGUCAGCUCGCUUAUGUGGCUGAACAACAUCAAAGUAGACAUCAUCAAACACAUGCACUUGCACACCAUCAGCAGCAACUUCAACCAACUUUUAAUGCCAACACUACAAGGUCUGCUGUUGUUCACCCACCACCUACGAGUAGAGCUGCAUUUCAUCACCAAGAACAGCAAUUCGCAGCCCCACCGCCUCACGCACUGUAUUACAACGACCACCAUCUUUUGCGUUGUUGGCGUCACCUGCAGAUCGCGCGCUUAGCCGAGUGCGACCGUGUUGAUGAGUUCAGCCCCUAUCUGGUCGACGAAGUGACUGAGCAGAUGGGAGCUAAUCGCGAAGAAGUUGAGUGCGCCAGAUGGUGGGACGCUCUAUACGAACUACCGCCUCCUAUGGAGGAAGUGGAAGACGAAGAAAAUGAUGAUCAUAUUGAGGUAGAGAACCAUGGACAUCAAGCAACAGGACACCAUCACCAAGCUCGAAGAAGACGAUCAGGACAUCAAGCAACAGGACAUCAACGUACUAGUGGACAACAUCAUCAAGCAUCCCAACCAAGAACUCAUCAAAGCCAAGCCCAAGGUACACCUCAAACUCAACAUCGAUUGAUGCAACCACCAAGACAACAGCUGGUGCAGAGGUUGUUUUCUUUCUUGCGAUUUCCAGAGAGGCAUGGAAGCGGCGACUUCGACGAUUUGGACAUCAUAGGGUUUGAUGCAGAUGAAGAUCAUCAUGACUUGUUCUAAGUAGACCUGUUCAGCGAUCCUGCCGAUGAAGAUCAUGAUGAUUUGUUCCUCUAGACAAGAUUCUUAACCGAAACGACGUUAUGUCUAAGUAUCUAUAUAUAAGUAGUUAUGCAGGAGCUAGAGGUUGAGCUGCGUAUUUAUAAAUGAUAUUAAUGGAGGCACAGGCAGGCUGUCCUUGGUACAGUGGUAGUUAUCCAUGCAAGGCGUGCUUAAUUGGAUGCCCCUGACCCAUCUGGCGUCUCUGUCCGGCCUUUCUUUGUUUCCGUUUUUUUCAUGAGUGUGUUACGCAGGAAGAUCCAGAUCAACUAGACCCCAUAAUUUGUGUUUUUUUCUGAUCCCCUCCGCCGUAUGAUCCUCCGCCGGCUGGUCAGGUAAUCUACCUUUAGGCGUUUCUUAGUGGGACGAGCUUUUGCAUUAAUCUCUACUCCGCUUCAAAUCAUAUUAAUGAUUUUGACGAGCAUGUACAUGUUUGUAGAUGUACAAGUACUAGCACAUGAUGAUUUCGAUUUAACAAUGAAUGUACGAGAACACAUACAAGCACCUUUUGGCUUUUGCAAACAAAAAACUGAUUUCUUCUCGAUACCGACGACUCUCUAAUCGUUCUGAUUUUUUCAAAGCAAAUGAACAUGUGACUCUGAGUCUGACUCGUCUGUGUUUAUAUUUUAUAUAUAGGAGAUCAAGGUCUCACAGUCACAGCUUCAACUUCUCUCUUUGAUUCGGAUGGUGAAUUUGCGAUAAUCAUUCCGCCGAAUGCUACCUUAGACCAUAUAUAUUAGUAUUAGGAGGCCUCAACUUUGCAGAACGAACGGCUAUCCGACUAGAAUAAAAAAUGUAAGUAGCUCCAUAUUACUAUUCUAAAAAUCUGCUCUCGUCGAUUGUUCUAGUGACUAGUGCCACCCCCUUCAGUAGAUCUACUCAAGUUUUUUGCCUCGUUUUCGAGUGCUUUCCGCGAGUCAAACACAUUUGUACCCCCGCCCAUCUCUGACAACUACAUGCAUGAAGCCAUGUCCAAAAACCUCCUCCAGCAUGAACAUUUAUCCAUGUUGAAUCGAAAAUGCUUUCGACGACAAGCCUGCUUCCGCAAAGAGUAACGAACCACAUUAUUGAUACGGAAGGGUCCAAUCGUAAUUUCUGC